CUUUUUACAUAAAGGUAUGUGAGAAAUUUUCAGUUUCAAUGAAACAUGAAGUCUCAUAGUAAACUAGUGUAUAUUAAAAAAAAAACAGAUACAGUAAUGUAAAUGAAAAGUAACUGUGAUCCAUGUUGACCAUGAUCCCAGAUAACAAUAUUGAUAUAAACUAAUUAAUAUGAGUAGGGAAUCCUUGUUUACAAUGUACAUAUAUUCAAUGGAAAAGAACAAGAGAGGCACGCCUCAGACCUCCUAGAUAAAAACUUGAACAUUAAAUUCAAGUUAUUCACCUAUACUCAACUACAAUACAAGAGUCAGUACGUGUUUAUUGCGCCUACACAUCUUUCUCUUCUAUUGAUUAAGAUUCAAUUUAGCUGGUAUUCUGUGACCCAAGCAUCUCACUUGCACUGUAGCCUCGAAACUAGAUUAAAAACGACUUGACACUGCCAGCAACGGUCUUUAUGCAUCUGUAAUAGCUCAUUAGGAUACAUCACGGCUUCAAAAAUCGUUUACUCUGCCACUAUUUUUAUUUUUUUGAUAAAUUAGAUCAGCUUGGCCACCGCUUAGAGGCACCUACAAAUAUGUCAUUUAAAUUUUACGUUUUUAAACUAUUGCUCACCAUGUACAGUGGAAUCAACUUAUAAUGAACUUGCUUAUAAUGGAAGCCUGUAUAUAAUGGACACAAUUUAAGGCCCUAGAAAUCAUUACAUAUAAAAUCCUCGCAUAUUAUAGACUCGCUUAAAAUACACCCUCGCUAAUAGCGGACUAUUUUAAUCCAUUAUAUGCGAGCUAUUUUGGUAGUUCCCCGAAGCAGAUUUAGCUGAUGCAAUCGUUUACGGCGGUUUGGCUUCGCAGUUUGCAUUCGAACUUGGCCACGUGUGUUAUACUGUAUUUAUUAUAGUUAUAAACAUGUCGAAAAAUGCGAAACGUGCUUUCACUUUACACGAAAAGUGCACAAUAAUUAGUGAGCUUGAGCAGGGUUCAUCUCAAGCAAAUAUAUGUGCUCGUAUGGCUAUAAAAAAUCCACUGUGUCAAAUAUUUGGGAAAACCGUGUCAAAAUUAAAAAUGACUGGAAAUCAAAUAGUCAAAAGAAAAAAUGCGGCUAUCGCUGCAUCCCCAAGUCGAUGAUAUGCUGUUUAAAUGGUUUCAACAAAAGCGCUCUAAUAAGUUGCCAAUAAGUGGACCUAUGAUACAAAUAAAAAUAUUUAAUACAGAUGAAACCGGGAUAUUUUAUAGAAGGCUACCAGAUAAAACCCAUAAAUUAAAAGGUGAAACUUGCAAUGGAGGGAACUAUCAAAAGAGCGAAUAACUGUUAUGAUUUGUGCUUAUGCUUCUGGUACUGAAAAAUGGAAACUAUUGAUAAUAGAUGUUACGCCUCCUCCGCAGACCACACCCCAGAUGAAAAUCAAGUCUUCAGGCGUGGACGACGGUUUUAAAGGAGAAGCAGCCAAAUGCGGUAGUUCGAUCGUCAAAGUUGCUUCUCAGAUUGUCUCAGGGAAGGUUAUCAACUCUUUCCAGUCGAAGGAAUCGGAAAACUGUGAUGAGAACGUGACGUAUACGCGUCGAAGGAGAAACAGUAAGUCACUGCCAGCCUCACCCUUAACGUCACCUCAUGGCUCGCCGAAACUCAACAGGAAAAUCACCAACAGAUAUUUCACAGCCGCAUUCACAGACACCGAUAAGAGUACGGGUGGCAGCUGGAUACUGUCCAAUCUGCUGGCUAGGAGAGGAGUAUCCGCAUCUGUCGAUCAUAUCGGCGAGGAGACCAACGAAGAUCUGGAGAGGUCAUCUUCUUUGGCCAGCGUGGAAUCGACGGGAAAGAAAACAUCCGUCUACAAGGCAAAAGCAUCAGAACUACGGGAGAUGAACUUUUGGUCGCCUACGUCUAUGUAAUGUCCGUUGAGAGUGUCCAUUUGUUUGGGAGAGAUUUGAAUUAAGAAUUUUGUUUGAUGGUGUUGUGAUCGUUGUUCUGAGGUUACAUCAAGUAACCAUGACAAAAGUGUCAAACGUGGCAGUGAAAAUUGGGCACUAACCCAUUACAUAAUUCUAUCUACAGCCCAACCGGCAAGUGUCACAUCUGAAUGAUUGGUAUAGGAGGCUUAUUUUUUAGUGGAUAUAAAAAACAAUGCUACCGUUUAAAGUACUUAUAUUACUCGCAUAUUACACAACAAGUGUAUAAAAUGAUUCUAAUAGGUUUAUAUGAAGCUGAAACUCUGAAUACUAUAGUCAUCAGUGAUGAUGUUUUAAAUUGAAGCAUUUUAGACUAACAUAGAUUCUAUGGAUUUCAUAUAUUGCAGAAAUAAUACUCAAUGUAGUCUUGAAUUAUAAACCUUUUUUAAAACAUAGCUUGUAAGUUUGUAUGUAUUUUGAACGUAUUCAAAAAAUAUAAACACGUAUUGGCUUUAUCAAACUCACGUCAUUGAAAUAAAAUAACUCAAACGAAGAUUAUAGAAAAUUUGGCAUCUGAAGGAGUUAUGGUUGAUAUAGAUUUAAAAAUUCUUCAAAACAUAUCUGGAAACUAGUUUCAUACAGAUGUUUCGCCAACAUGAAUAUUAAAAUCAUCAAUAACCAUAAACAAAAUGUGUAACUUCAAAUCUCUCAUGUGUGAUUGUAACCAUGUAAUCAGCGUAAUUUUUUACGAGUCAUCAUUUUUUAUAUGUCUACAGUACCUAGCGUUAGGCAAGGUUUUCUUUUAAGGUAAGAUAAAAAUCCAAAUUAAAUUUAAACAUCAAAAUAUCUCAAUCGUCAUUCAUGUCAUAUACUCAGACACCAUUACAUUAAUAUUUUUUGACAGUGAAUCGUUGGAGAUGUUUCGUAUCCUGUAAUGAUUGUCUGUAAGUUCAAUAUGACCUUUCUACAUUAAUUUAUUUUUGUAUGAAUUGGCUAGACUAGAUGGAAGUUAGUAUUAAGAACCUGCACAUUUAGGUUAGUUUAUAUCUAAAUAAAGUGGUAAAUAAGUUA